CCUCCAUAUCGUCUCCUGAAUGGCAACAGGCAACAUCCAUAGGCACGGCGCAAACAGGGCGACUAUAUCUAUACCCUCUCGUCGAGCAUCUUGCUCUCCGUCAUGCCCUUCCUUUUCCUGACCGGUUCUAGCCACUGAAUCCCUCCAUGCCAUCCAUUUCGGACAAGGUUCAUUGUCUGAUCACGAAUGAGUCCAUAACUCCAGAGUCCCUUCGGUCUACAUACUUGUUGGACCCCGAUUUACUCAGUCGCGAACAGGAGGACAAGUUCAGGAGGCUAUGGGGCGAAGACUUUGACAUACACAACAACUGGAACACGUUCUACCUCCGCUCAGACUGGGCCGAACGCUUCGAAGCAGGUCGUUGGACUUUCGUUCCUUGCGUCAGUCGACUCGGUAAGAUCAUCGCUGCGUUGCUGAAAUGGAGAGCCAAGCAGGUCAGACCUCCCAUGUCCGAGAUCUGUGCGACCUUCGGCCGUUAUGCCUACGACUUCAUCCCCUUCGCACUCACGAACACGUCCAUCACGCGUUCUGAACACCCUUCUUCCAAAUCGACUACGAAGCCGAACCCGAAGACGAAAACAAAGACAUACAAUCCCCCAUAUUACACCUCCUUCCCACCGCUCAACUGUCCUCUCCACCCCUUUUUCGCCAUCCAAUCCACUUGGAUCCAGUUCAACAAACACGUCGAUUCAUUCACGAUAUCUUACCCUCCUUCUUCCCACUCCUCACCACAUCCCCCAACCGCGUCCAAAUCAGCAUCUCGUUUAGCCUCGCCCGCGCCCUCCCCUUCACAUCGUACCUCCUCCCACGCUCGUCCUCCCACCAGUUUGAAUUCGAAAUCCAUACACCGGUCGACCGACUCCCAACAACAGCAACAAAAAGCGCACCACCAACGUCUCCUACUCACUUACUCCCACCUCCACACCAUAAUCACCCUCUGGGACGAGCUCGCUUCGUUACCUAGCGAGGCGGAGAUAGACGAGGUGGUUAGGAGGAGUUUGAGUGAGCGCUUGGGAGGCCAAGGGGCGGGGAAGAAAGUGAAGGGUUUGGGUGGACUUGGUGGGAUUAGUAGAUUUGACGUGACAGGAGAGGGGGCGGACGUGAACUGAUUGGAUAUGUGGAAGGAAAGGAGGUGGCGGUGGCCCUGUCACAGCAA